AUGACCUCAUCUGCGCACGGCGUUGUCCUCCUGCCCUCAAUCUAUCGUGUUUCGACUCCUACGUCGCUGGAUCUGUUUGAGGACCGUGGCGGGCUUAUGUUCAAGCCUCACUCGUUUGCGCAAGUCAAGUCAAUUUGCGCCGGUCUCAAGAGGCUCCAGGCCAGCCAGCCUGGUCGUCACCCCGCAACCGGCUUGCUGCCAGGGCGCACUACGCCGGGCCUGCCAAACCCAAUUGAAGCCAUUGCCGCCGCCACCCGCGUCGCUUCGACAAUGGCGCCGCGACGGUCCGCAAGGCUGAGCAUGUCGGCCACCGCCAACGGCGAGACUGCACAGUCGGAGGCGAUGCCACCCCCGCCUCGUGCAGCGCCGCAGCCUCGCAAGCGCAAGGCCGCAAGGCAGGCCGACGCACCAGAUGGCUCGGCCGCCACGGCGGCGCCGACCACCCCGCGCAAGCGCCGGGCACAGGCACCAGCUGCUCGCCCGUCGACUCCGCCCGCGACCCCGACGCCCAGCGCAGCCGGCCUCUUCGCCGAGCCGGCCAACGGCCUGACGCCCAAGCCCAAGCACGCGGCGCUGAACCGCCUCGCCGACCCGGAGCGCACCAACGCGCCCCUCCUGUCGCCCGAGACGUCGCGCAUCGUCUCGACUAAGCCCGUCGACCUCAUGUCGCCGUCCAAGAAGUCGGCCGCUACCACCACGACGGCGACCCUGCUGGAGGAGGCCUGCGCGCACCUCAUCAAGACGGACGCGCGCAUGAAGCCCCUCAUCGACGCGCACCACUGCCGCGUCUUCAGCCCCGAGGGCCUGGCCGAGAAGAUCGACCCGUUCGAGAGCCUGUGCAGCGGCAUCAUCAGCCAGCAGGUCUCGGGCGCCGCCGCCAAGGCCAUCAAGGCGCGCUUCGUCGCCCUGUUCGACGACGACGCCGACGCCGACAGCGAGCCGGCGGCCCCCACCACGGGCGGCCAGGACCCGCCCAAGAAGAAGCGCUUCCCGCACCCGUCGCAGGUGGCCGCCACUGCCAUAGAGCGCCUGCGCACCGCGGGCCUCUCGCAGCGCAAGGCCGAGUACGUCCAGGGCCUGGCGGAGAAGUUCGCGGCCGGCGAGCUCUCGGCGCGGCUGCUCGCCGACGCGCCCUACGACGAGGUCCUCGAGCGGCUCAUCGCCGUCCGGGGUCUGGGCCGCUGGAGCGUCGAGAUGUUCGCCUGCUUCGCGCUCAAGCGCAUGGACGUCUUCAGCCUCGGCGACCUGGGCGUGCAGCGCGGCAUGGCGGCCUUUGCCGGCCGGGACGUGGCGAAGCUCAAGGCCAAGGGCGGCGGCAAGUGGAAGUACAUGUCCGAGCGGGAUAUGGAGGAGAUGGCCGAGCCGUUCAGGCCGUACCGCAGCCUGUUCAUGUGGUACAUGUGGCGGGUCGAGGAGACGGACAUUAGCACGUUGGAGUGA